AACCCGGUUUAUGUUAAGCCUUAGAAAAGCCCAAAAUCAUCAAAACCCGCGAAAAAAGCGCACCAGAAAUUAGGGUUUAAGCGCUUCAACGUGAACUACGGUUCCGCUGCUCUUCUCCAUCGAUUUGAAGCUCUCUAAUGGCGUCCACGAGCAAAGAGCUUCUCGAUUUCUCGGAUAGUUCUUCGAAGCCUUCCGUCUUAGAAUCUCUUCUAGUUAGUAACAAGGACUGUAAGACUCAAAGAGAAGAAAAAAAACGCGCUGUGGAUCAGAAGAGAAAUCCUUUGACUGCUGUGGUUCCUACAAGCCAAGUUCUUGGUAAAGUGAAGGACUUCUUGGGAGUCAUGGCUAAAGCUAAUGAGAAACUGGAGCAUGAUGUUAAGGAACAUUCUCGCGCAAAAUAUGAUCUUGAAUUUCUUGAUGGAAAUGAACAAGAAUGCAUCGAAAUGGAUUUGCUCCUGGGCAUUGCUGAUCUUCAUAAUCAAGAUGCUGUAGCAGCAGCAGAGGUUGCCAUCGGGAACAUUCAUCCAACUAAAUCCUCUACAUGCAGCGAUUGCUCAAGCUCUGAUGAUACAGAUGAAGAUGGAGAUGAAAGUGAAAGUGAAAGUGAAAGUGAACAUGAUGAUUCAUUUGACAAGUCUGAGAAGCCAAAUUCAGAUAAAAAGCACUCGUUGGGUAAUAAAAAGCCCAACAAGCGGCCGAAGAUCAUCAUGCUGGAUUAAACAAGUAGAAAUGGAGAUUAGGAUGAGCUGUUCAAUGAUCAUAAAAUGUUAUUAAGUCUGUGCAGCAUGAUUGUGUCCAUCGGAGAAUGAUACAGCUUGUGGGUUUGCACAGCAUUCUGUUACUUCCGUGGUAGUAAUAAGCUACAGAUAGGAAGGCAAAUGAUCUGUUCAUGGAUGAUUAUGUUGUGAGGAUCUUUUAAUUAUGUGGCAUGAUUUAUUUCAUGUUCAACAUGUAACGAAUGAUUCUAAAUGUUAUCUUGACAAUUUUGGUUGUGUGCUUCC